UUUUGAAUUUAGUGUUGUUGACGUUGCGUUUGUAGUAGGUGCUUGUGCAUCGAAGGGAACUUUCGGUGUUUUAAGCCUUUAAUAUCAAUUGAAACAGGUGUUAAUGUGUAUAUUUUAAAAGUGCGAGCGAAAUGUAAUCGCGAUGACUUCGCGUCCAUCAUCCCAUUACUUCGCAUGUAAAGCAGUCAAAGAAGAUGGUUGACAUGUGUGUGGUGUGUUUCUCGUGCGUGUAACAUGUCCCAAUGUAGAAAAUUUGCACCUAACAUCUUCAACAAAUCGAAAUGCUCAAACUGCUUUCGACAGAAAGAGGAGCACUCGGCCGAAGCUUUGGAAUGCAACCGGGCAAGUCGUGCGAUUGCUCGCAGUGGAUAUCUGUUUGUCGCGCCAGACUGGGAUUUUUCUGUCCCACUGAAUAGAACCAAGGUAAGAUCUAUGGAAAAAUUGCGCUGUGAUCCAUCAUUCGGCCAGACUGGUUUGUAAAGGUAUCUAUUUAUA